AUGCCCGCGCAGCGACAACAGCUGCCCGCCAGCUGGGCGCAAUACGAGCGAGGACGAGCGGAUUCGAAUGGGUCGGAAAGUGAGGGGCGGGCCAUCCAAUUCGACGAUUCCGCCGAGCAAAAUGUCCACCGUCCGUCCGAACACUCGGCAUAUACGCACACGGGCAGCGUGGGAGCAGCGGGGAAUGGACAGCAGGAAUUGCGACAUAGAAGGUCGUCGGUCUCCUUGGCAAUCAACACCCUGCGGCAGGCCGGUGGUGUCAACAGUUUGGACAAUUUUGCCCGUUCAUGGCAGCGAGCGGUGGGAUUUCAUGAAGUCACGCCCGUCAGGCCGAGUUUCCGCUAUGCGAGCGAUGCGGACGAGGAUGAAGUGCGGGAUGAGGAGGAUGUUGGUGGGGAGGAACGGACACCGACGAAUGGAGGAAGAGGAUUGUUGAGGCAGCAAUUCGACGCGCACAACCGCACCGUCUCGGAAGAUGCCAUCGGGGAUGGUGAUGAUGAGGACGACUACGACGAUGUCACGCCCAUGCCUGGCACGGAAGAGCAGCCACUCCUACAAAAGGUCAACUCUCGCACCGCACCGGACGACUCCAUCUUCCUCAUUGAACCUUCCUUGGCAUCACCCUUUGGAGGCAGCUAUGGCAGUACAUGGGGAUCGCUCUCUUCGCGCGUCAAUGAGUCUUCCAUGCGUCAUGCCGGACGACUAUUCCGCCAGCAACAAAUUAAAGGAACUACCGCACCAGAUAAGGAGCGGGAACCUUUGAUCGUCAAACGCGUGGAGGAAGACGACGGCAAAGUCGUCAAUGUGGUCAUUGGCCAGUCUACUCUUCCUCAGACCAUCUUCAACUCCGUUAAUGUCCUCAUCGGUGUGGGUCUGCUCGCCUUGCCUCUGGCCCUUCGCUACAGUGGAUGGGUACCUGGUUUGAUCUUCUUCGCCUUUGCUGGCGCAAGCACAUGCUAUACCGCCAAGAUCCUGGCCAAAUGUGCCGAUGUGGACAACUCCCUCAUCACCUUUGCUGAUCUCGCCUACGUCUCCUUUGGCCAAUCCGCACGAAUCGUAACAUCCAUCCUCUUCUCCCUCGAGCUCUUGGCGGCGUGCAUAGCCCUGGUAGUCCUCUUCGCCGACUCUCUCGACGCCUUGAUUCCAGGCUGGGGUCUCAUCGAAUGGAAGAUCGUCUGCGGGAUCAUCCUCAUCCCACUCUCCUUCGUCCCGCUCCGCUUGCUAUCAUUCACCAGCAUUCUCGGAAUCCUCGCCUGUUUCGGCAUCGUCUCCGCCGUUGUAAUCGACGGUCUCAUCAAACCCGACUCCCCAGGAUCUCUCCGUCAACCGGCCAAAACUCACCUCUGGCCCGAAAACUGGGGAACCCUACCCAUCUCCUUUGGAAUCCUCAUGUCUCCCUGGGGAGGUCACAGCGUCUUCCCAAACAUCUACCGCGACAUGCGUCAUCCAUACAAAUACCGCAAGGGAGUCAACAUCACCUACUCCUUCGUGUUCGCCUUGGAUCUGAUGAUGGCCGUCGUCGGACUCUUGAUGUUUGGGGAUGGAGUCAAAGAUGAAGUCACCCGGAACAUCCUCCUGACAGACGGCUACCCACCAUGGCUGAGCGUCUUCAUCGUCAUCUGUGUGGCAAUCAUCCCUCUCACAAAAGUUCCCCUCAACGCCCGACCCAUUGUCAGUACCCUGGAGCUCUUCCUUGGCCUCGACUCCCGCGCUCUAGGAGACGGAGCAGCAACGCACGGUCUCUCAGGUCUCACCCGCGGAAUCUUGAAAAUUACCGUCCGGAUCGUGUGUAUCAUUGUUUUUGUGGUCCUGGCGAUUCUGGUGCCGGAUUUCGAUCGAAUUAUGAGUUUGCUGGGAGCCGUGGMAUGUUUYACGGUGUGUUUGAUUCUGCCUUGUGCCUUUCACCUGAAGCUUUUCGGGAAGGAGUUGAGCAAGAGGCAAAAGGCGCUGGAUUGGACGUUGAUUGUCGUUAGUGCUGUUUUGGGGACGGUCAGUACGGCGUUUAAUUUCGUGCCCAAGGAGUUGGUUGGUUUGUGA